AUGAGCGCCAUCUUUUGUUGCUAUGGAGAAGAACGUUUGUUAAAGCAGCUAGCAUUAGCAUUGCUUAUAACUGUUACGUCCAUUUUGUUUAGCUUAGCUAGCCUGGCUAACUGUGCAGCAGAGAUGGAUGACGGUGACGAGCCGGUGAUAGUCCUCUCUCACAACACUUCUUCAGGCUCUAAAUCGGGCGGGGACAAGAUGUUUUCCCUAAAGAAGUGGAACGCUGUGGCGAUGUGGAGUUGGGACGUUGAGUGUGAUACUUGUGCCAUUUGUCGGGUACAAGUGAUGGACGCUUGUCUCCGAUGCCAGGCGGAAAACAAACAGGAGGACUGUGUUGUUGUAUGGGGAGAGUGCAACCACUCCUUCCAUAACUGCUGCAUGUCCCUUUGGGUGAAGCAGAACAAUCGUUGUCCCCUCUGCCAGCAGGACUGGGUGGUUCAGAGAAUCGGCAAAUAAAGCUCCAGCUCCAGACGGUUUGAUCCUCAGACAACACCUGUGUGCACCCAAAAGUGGUGACAGACUUGACAAUGAUCACUGCAGCGUCCUGUGCAGAGAGCCACUAACACUGGUGACUGUCCUCCUACUUAUGAAUGCAUGUUCCAGUAGUCCUGGUGUCUAAGGUGGACAAUGGACAAAAUUAAAGCGGUGCAGAAUCGUUGGUCACUGAUCGAUGUGGCUGGAGGGAUCGUGAAGAUGAAGAGAAGGAUGAAACUCGUUACAGUGUUUGGUCACAUGUUAGCUUCACGUAUUUGUCUGUGGUGGUUUUCAGCACAUCUUGAAUAUGUGACUGUCUUUAAAAAUAAAUAAAGAACUGUGUAUAGCUGUAAA